GUCUUACUGAACUUCAGACCUGUUAUCAACAUUCAGAAUUUGCCACUUUUGCAUAGUUUAAUUUAGAUUUGUUGGCCUGCCUUCCGAACGCAGGCUACUACUGGUGUGGCAAAGGUGCCGCUGCUGAACCCAAGGGACAUGCCCGAUGACACGCAGGAUGCCAAGGCGCAGAAGUUGGCCGCGGCAAGGAAAAAGCUGAAGGAGUACCAGCAACGCGCCAGCAACAACAAUGGUCAGCCGGGAGCGGAGGAGCCGGUGGCUGCCACCACGCAAUCGCACUCGUCCACGGUGAGCAUAGCCAGCAAUCUAUCGGAGCGCUCAGACAGCGAAAUAAAUGUGAACGGUGGAGGCGCAGGCGGUACUCCGCAGCCCGAGCAGUCUGUCCUGCCCACAGCCGCUUCUUAUUUUGCGCUAAACGAGCCGGAACACAAUGGCGGACUGGCAGAUCCCUCCAGCUUGCAGGCCAUCCAGGUGAUCAUCGCCGAAAAGGCCCAGCUCAAUGCGGAGCUGACAAAGGUGCGUCUGGCCUGCCGGGAACGUGAGCUUGAGCUGGAGGAGCUGCGCACCCUCAAGGAUCAGAAUCAACUACGUCUGGAGCAGCUGCAACAGCACUGUCAGGAUCAACAGUCGACCGGCGAACAGCAGCGACAGCAGUACGCGCAACUCCAGGCACAACUGCUACAAUCGCAGGCACAAAUCAAGGACCAACAGUCGCAUCUCAACGAAUUAGAGGCCCAGCUGCAGCAAAGUAACCAGCGACACGAGGAACUGCAGCAACAGCUUUCCCAAAAAUCGAACGAACUUGAGAUGGCGCAGCUGAAGGUGCGACAGCUCUCCGACGAGUCUAGCGUGACCACAGACAACCGAGUGGAGUCGCUGGUGCAAACGCAAUACAUGUACGAGCAACAGAUACGCGACCUCCAGGCCAUGGUGGGUCAACUAACGCAGGACAAGGAGCAGGCAGCUGGCCAGUACCAAAACUAUGUACAGCAUCAGAGCGGCGAGAUCGCCAAGCUCAACGAACGAAACACGGAACUCGCAGAGGAACUGAACUCACUAAGAGAGCGUGAACGCCAGCUGGUGGAACACGUGGGCACGCUGGAGCGGGACAUACAAAAGAAUAUCAGCCUGCAGGCCCAAUUUAAAGAAGCCAGUCAAGUGCAGCCAUCCAAGGAAGAAACCAGCGAGCAGAAAGCUUUGAAAGAUGAACUGGCUGAAUUGAAAGAGCGUCUCGCCGACUUCGAGUUUGAGCGUCACGAAUUUCAGCUAAAGAUUAAGUCGCAGGACGAUCAGCUGCAGGUAAAGGACUCGGCUUUAGAUGAGUUAGAAAAGCAGCUCGAACGCUUGCAAGCUGAGCAACCCGAUCAGUCCAAGCUGUUGGCCACCAUGGAGUCGGACAAAGUGGCCGCAUCGCGUGCCCUAACCCAGAACGUAGAGAUGAAAAACCAGUUAGACGAACUACAGCAACGAUUUGUCCAGCUGACGAACGACAAAGCGGAACUGGUCAUCCGCUUGGAUUCAGAAGAGUUUGCCAACCGAGAAAUCCGUCAGAACUACAACAGCAUGGAACAGAAGCUGCACGCCAAUGAGGAGCGAUUUAAGUUUAAGGAUGAGGAAAUGAUUCGACUAUCGCACGAGAACGUGGAACUGCAGCGUCAGCAGUUAAUGUUGCAACAGCAGCUGGACCGUCUCAGGCAUUAUGAGGCAAAGGCUUAUAACUCUGGUGAGAGAAAGGAAAGAGAAAAUGGAGGAGAAGCACCGGAAAAUGAAGCAGAGGAAGCGAAGGAUGUUGGUCAUUUGCAUAAUCAUUCGCAUGACCUCUCUCAUAAGCAUUCCGACGGUCAUUGCCAUGAUCAUGACUACGAUCAUUCCCAUGAUCAUGAUCAUUCCCAUCCACACGAUCAUUCGCAUCAACAUCCUCAAGAUCAUCCCCAUGAUCAUCCUCAUGAUCAUUCGCAUGAACAUCCUCAUGAUCAUUCGCAUGAACAUCAACAGGGUCAUCCGCAUGACCAUCAACAUGAUCAUCCACACGAUCAUGUCCACAACAAUGUCCACAGACCAGCAGCUAAAACGCUACCCACCGCAGAGGCGGUGGAACGCUUGCAAUCCCGAUUCACCACACUGAUCAGCCAGGUCGCCGACUUAACGGAGGAGAAGCACAGCCUGGAACAUCUGGUGCUCCAGCUGCAGAGCGAAACAGAAACGAUUGGGGAGUACAUUGCGCUCUACCAAACGCAGAGGCGCAUGCUAAAGCAGCGUGAGUACGAGAAGGCCGCCCAAAUGCGACUACUACAAGCGGAGCGAGAGCAGCUGCGCGAGAAGAUUGAGGCACUGAACAAGCUGGUGGUCAGCUUAGGAGUGGAGCUACCUGCAGAUGCCGCUGAGGCAAAGCAACCGGAACACACUCCUACCGAGGGUGAAAACUCUCAGCAGAUCAUUAACAAGAUACAGGACAUUAUCAGCGAGAUCAAGGAGAACACGGAGCAGCCAACCCACAACCAUGCAGGCGACCAUCUCAACUGUUGUCUGGGCAAAUUCGAGGUAGUCUAAAAGAAGUGCAAUUAUCGCCUGCUUACGUAUAAUCAUUAUUCUUUUGCUACUGUAUUUAAAUGUAAUUGUACUUUGCUCUUCAUAGUCUUUUGUAAAUGUUUUCAAAAACUUUGUGCGAAUAAAUCCAGUUUGCAUCUAA